AUGGAGAGUGUGUUGUUCGUGACGAGAAGCGAUGGAAGGCCUACAGGAGACGCAUUCGUGCAGUUUUCCGAUGAAGAGCAAGGACAACGAGCAUUGACAAAGCACCGCCAGACAAUCGGAAAUCGCUACAUCGAGCUGUUCCGUAGCACCAGUGCCGAAGUUCAACAGGUA